GACUGACUUUGACUUUUUAGCACCUGUUCUCCAACGACACUCUCUAUCCCUCAUAAAUCAUAGUUACUGCAGUUACCCGCUUUGUCCUUCCCUUCCCUUCUUCCUUCCUCCAUCGAUCUCCACCACCGAAGCAUUUCAACCCGUCUAACACUGUCUCUUGCAUUGUUUCACUAAACCUUGUGAAGAAAACCCCCAAAUACUUACAUGCUAACCUCUUGCUUCGUUUUUUCGAUCUAGCGUUGCGGCGAUGAUUCUGCCCUGAUUUUAGGGGUUUUCAGACUUGUUCCUCGACUCCGCCGUAACCACUCAAUGCUGUUGUGUCUUUGAUGGUUUCGGAUUUUGAAGGUCUGUUUCAAGCAUAUAAAUAGGUUUGGUGAAAGGUAAUGGAGGGAAAGCUGAUCCAUGUAGCAGGAAUUUUGCUUCUUUCUGCUUGCUUCGUGCUUCAAUUUGGAAGUUUGAACGCGGUUGCAAAUGAUUCCUUUCUGGUAGCAUCUUCUCAUAAUGAAAGCCGCAUAGAAGUAUGCCCUUCUGGUUGGGUCAAGGGACCAAGUAAUAGAAUAUGUUAUAAACACAUUGAAAACAUUCAGCCUUGGAAUGAGUCAGAAAACAGCUGCAGAAGUUAUCAUGGCCACCUUGCAGCAUUAACAUCAUCAGCAGAAUUGAGCUUUGCACAACACUUGUGUAAUGAGUGUUGGGUUGGUGGCAGAAGCACAGACACUAUCAUUGGACACCAGUGGACAUGGUCUGACAAAUCUUAUAACUGGAAUCAAACUCUCAUUAAUGUCCUCACACCAGAUCUCAAGUCCAUUUGCACCAAUUCAUCAUGCUUCUACAAUCACAAUAAUGACUCAGCAUCCAUGUGUACUAUAUUGACCAAUAAAACUACAUCUCUUGUUGCCAACACAUGCAACAUAUCUCACUCUUCACUAUGCAUGAUUGUUACAGAUAACAGAUGUCAACAUAUGCAUUGCCACAAGGAAUAUCUGAUCAUACUUGCUAUUGUGAGUGGAUUGAUUCUCUUCACAACAUUUGCAGUGGUGAUAUGGCUCCUUGUGUAUAGGCGUAGCAAGAGGCGCCGAAAAUCUCGGAAAUUAUCUAAUCCUGCUGAGCUGGCAUUAGUUCCUCCAUCAUGGAAAAUCUUCACACGUGAAGAACUGAGGUCGAUUACAAAGAACUUCAGUGAAGCUAACCGUCUUAUAGGGGAUGCCAAGACAGGUGGCACGUAUAGUGGGGUUUUGCCUGAUGGGUCAAGGGUGGCAGUGAAAAGGCUAAAAAGGUCAACUUUUCAAAGAAAGAAAGAAUUUUUUUCAGAGGUUGGAAGGGUAGCAAGGCUUUGUCAUCCGAAUUUAGUGCCUGUGAAAGGAUGCUGCUAUGAUCAUGGUGAUCGAUACAUUGUGUAUGAGUUUGUAGUACAUGGGCCUCUAGAUAGAUGGUUGCAUCAUAUUCCUAUGGGUGGUAGGAGUUUGGAUUGGACCAUGAGGAUGAAAGUUGCCACUACUCUUGCACAGGGAAUCGCGUUCCUACACGACAAAGUAAAGCCACAAGUAGUCCACCGUGACAUCCGUGCAAGCAACGUACUUCUAGACGAUGAUUUUAACGCGCAUCUAAUGGGAGUUGGAUUAUCAAAAUUCGUACCAUGGGAAGUGAUGCACGGUAGGACCGUGAUGGCAGGUGGGACCCACGGUUACCUUGCUCCAGAAUUUGUCUACAGAAACGAGCUAACCACAAAGAGCGAUGUCUACAGCUUCGGGGUUCUUCUACUCGAAAUAAUAAGUGGUCGGAGACCGGCUUCUCAGGCGGUUGACUCGGUGGGUUGGCAGAGUAUUUUCGAGUGGGCCACCCCACUGGUUCAAUCACACCGGUACCUCGAGCUUCUUGAUCCCGUGAUUUCUGCAUCUUCUUCCACUUCACCUUCUAAAAUACCGGAAGCUGGUGUGGUUCAAAAGGUGGUGGAUCUUGUGUAUUCGUGUACACAACAUGUACCAUCGAUGAGGCCUAGAAUGUCACAUGUGGUCCAUCAGUUACAGCAGUUGGCAGCUUAGUUUAGUUUUUGAAUCGGGGAAUUUAAAUUUUCGUAUUUGUCAAGAAAAUUGUGUGCAAAAAAGUAUGUAUGAUGGCAUUGUACUUGUAGCAUUAGCAGAUUAAAUGCGAUUAUUGUCAUCGAAUUUUAGUGAAGGACUAUUUAUAUAAUGAAAUAUGAAGACAGAUGAAUUUGGCUGAAA